AUGGAAAAGAAAGACUUAAAGACUACAUGGCAGAAAACGGUGAGAAUAUCAACAGAGAGACGGGAAUCAUUGAACUAUUACAAAUAUCUAUGCCAACAGAUUGGAUCGGAGGAAGUUGUGAAAAUGAGGAGGCUAGCUUUAACCAUGAUAGAUAUCGGAAAGCCAUUGGCAUGUGCAUAUAACAUGUAUAAUACAAUAACUAGUGGAAGUAAAGGUGAAGGACUUCAUUUUGAAAGCAGUGAUUUUGAUAUAAUGUUUAUUAAUCCUUUCUUUAAGGUUUAUGAACCAGAAACAGCAGUUGUUUCUAAAUGUUGGUCCAUUCCCUUAAUUAUGAAUACUGAGGAGACCCAACCAUGUUUUACACAAUUACGUCUUAUAAAUCAUCCUUUAUUACGACUACUUUUCACAAAAAUUUGGGAACAGAGUCAUCUUGGAUGUAUGCUUUCAAGUGAACAGUAUAAACUUUUUUAUUUGUCUAUCGCUGAUCAAUUGGUUACAAAUACUGUGAAAAUACAUGGUCCAUGUCUAACAGAUAUAGAUGACCGAUCAGACACUGCAAUGUGCCUAAAAUGUGACCAAUGGAUUAUUCAAGCACAUCCAUGGAUUAAAAGACCACGUAAAGUAUGGCCGUCGACUAAAAUCAUUUCUAAAAUAAUAUCUUGUGGAGUGUUAUUUGUUCCAAUUGGCUGCAAAGGAUCUGUAAAUGAAAAUCUUGAAUGGCGGAUUUCCUUUUCUGUAGCAGAAAAGUAUCUUAUUUUUUCUUUCAGCCAUACACAAUUCUUAUGUUAUGCUCUCUUAAAAAUCUUGUUGAAGGAAAUAAUAGAGAAACAUGCAGAUUUGAAAGGUUUGUUGUGUUCAUACUAUUUAAAAACACUGAUGUUUUGGAUUUCAGAAGAAACAGACUCAAAUGUAUGGCGACCAGAUAAUAUUAUACCGUGUUUUAUGGCAUGUCUUCAAAGACUGCUAUACUGUGUCAAAUAUUCAAACUUGUCACAUUAUUUUAUUCCUGAAAAUAACUUUUUCUACUCACGAUUCAAUGCAAUGAACAAAGAACAGUUAGACACCAUACUUCAUGAUUUAUAUGAGCAGGGAAUUAAUUGUUUAGCUUCUUCUGAAACCCUGAAAGAUUACCGAAUGCAAUCAUACAACAUCACUGCAUCUUUAACAAGUGGAUAUGUUGAAAUAAUAAAUCAAACAUGUUCUUAUUUUCUACACUUAGGGUUUGACCAACUGAUACAUAUUUUGUUAUAUUAUUCCAGAACUGGUUUAUGCAGGGGUUUAUUAGCGUUACAUUUAUCAAAGGCAUGUUGGUUUGCCCCAGAUACUUCAUUAGAUAAAUAUAGCUCAGAAAACAAACACCAAUACUAUAAAUACAAACAUGAUCUCAGUCAUUUACUGAUAGGUGUACAAUCAGAAGCAGUAUCUGGAUGGCUGUUGUUGGCUUCUAUGUUCUAUGUUCAUAAAGAAUAUGUUGCUUCAUUAACUGUUAUAAAUCAUGCAAUGCAGAAAUAUACAGAUGAUAAAAUUUUCACUAAAUCAACAACACCAUCUGAACUUACGUUUGUACAAACACAUCAGCUGAAUCUAAUGAAAAAUGAAAAACUUUAUACAGUGCUAAAGACAUUAACAAUAGAUCCUCUUAUGUUUCAUGAGAAGUCGUCAAUUAUUCCAAAAGAAUUACAACUAGUGGUAAAAUACUGUCAUAUUAUGUAUCCUCCAAAAGCAUUUUCAGAUUUCCUACGCUUCUUAUGUUACUAUCAUCUGCAUGAUACUAAAUCGUGUAAAUAUCAUUUUAAACAACUCUUAAAUACAAUUGUAAACUCCAGUAGCAAGGCAAUUUUGUCAAGCUUCAGUCCACUUAUCAUGUGUGGCAUAGCUCUCCAGCUAAUGGGGGAGAAACAGAUUGCUAGAAUGUGUUUUCAAGCAGUUUAUACGCAUGAUAGUUAUAAAACAACCAAAUGUGCAGCAUCAAGUUUUCUAAAUUUAUAUUCCAGCUUUGAAAAGUGUUAA